AUGACGUCUCUCAGAGGGAAAGUCAUCGCGGUCAGCGGGGCAGCUGGAGGCAUAGGGGCAGCAACGGCUCAUAUCCUGGCUGCCAGAGGAGCAAACCUGUCCUUGGCUGACAACGACGCAAAAGCUUUGGAUGAUCUUGCUAAAGAUAUAUCUGACAAGUAUGGCAUCGAUGUUAUUACCAUUGUCGUCAAUGUGUCAGACUCUAACCAAGUGGAUAAAUGGAUAACCUCGACCGUGGAAUAUUUUUCCAAGCUGUCUGGGGCUGUGAACCUGGCCGGAACUAUAGGAAAGGAGUUUGGGAAGACGGGCGCACAUGAGGUUAGCGACGAAGAUUUCGAUUUGGUUAUCUCGAUCAAUUUGAGAGGCAUGAUGGCGUGUCAGCGUGCGCAGUUGCGGCAUAUUGAAGACGGAGGGUCUAUCGUGAACACUGCCAGUGUUGCAGGCAAGAUGGGGAUUGCGAAGUGUUUGUCGUAUGGUGUCAGCAAGCAUGGUGUUAUUGGACUCACUCGAGUUGCUGCCGCCGAGAAUGGCCAUCGCAAUGUAAGGGUAAAUGCAAUUGCCCCGGGAAGCAUCGACACCAAAAUGUUAGGUGUAGCGAGUCAAGUCAGCGUUGGGAGCAACGAGAACACGGAGGCUCCAAUCAGUCGAGCUGGCAGACCAGCAGAGGUUGGAGCCUUAAUUGCGUUUCUAUUGAGUGACGACGCCACCUUCAUAACCGGAGCAGUGUACACUAUUGAUGGCGGGUUGAGUCCAUGA